CACGAACUUUGCGACCAACAUCCAGCAUCAGAUAUCUCGGACGAUCUGGAACCGCUGCUUAUCUGAUGUGGGACACCUUGGCGCCGCCUUAUUCCGAUAGCCAAAUCCGUAAAUCCGAUCCCAACGUGUGUGGGACAAAUGGGACGAAGGAAAGCCCCACAUGUGGAUGCCGAACUCGAAGCCGCAGGUUGGUUCAUGUCGCCAUUCCACGCUCACGUAACGAUGAUUCGGAAAUACAAUUCUCUGAUAAUCGUUGACAAAGCCCCAUCUCCUCCACAACGAAUAAUAUGGCCAUAGCACUGCAAGCAAAAUUCAACGACCGUUGGUGGCAGUCCCUUGAGACACGACUGAAGUGUCAAAUCUGCAAGAGAAGGAACUCCUUGACGCUGCGCAAGACAGGGUUACAACCACACAACCGCCAUGAAUGAUAAAAAUGGCUCUUUGGAGCCGAAGGAGGAGAUGUCACAAUCGCCAUCGUCAUUCAGUUCAUCGACCUCAGGACUGUCUCGCCACCCUACGCACACGUCUACACGACCUCCUAAAAAUGAAGGCGAUCUUGAGCUGGCACGAACCAAGUCUAUUGCGCAGACGAUGUCACCGUUGCGCGAGUUUCUAUUCGUUGCGUUGCUGUGUUCAGCACAAUUCGUGACGCAGGCCGGACUGGUGAACACGCUGAACAUCCUGCACAUUAUCGGCGACGACCUCGGCAUCACCGACCCUGGCGUUCUGUCAUGGCUCAUUGCCGGCUACUCGCUGACAGUUGGCACUUUCAUUCUCCUGUCAGGCCGCUGCGGUGACCUAUUCGGAUACAAGACCAUGGUCAUUGUAGGGUUUGGUUGGUUUGCGAUAUGGAACGUUGUGGCUGGGUGCAGCGUGUACGCGCCUGGAAACGGCGGACAGGUUCUCUUUAUCUUCGCAAGAGUCCUAAGCGGCAUUGGGCCAGCUAUCUUAUUGCCAAAUGCGCUGGGCCUCCUUGGCGCAACUUAUGACGAAGGGAGGAGGAAAGAUAUGGUGUUCUCCCUCUUUGGCGCUUGCGCACCAAGUGGCGCUGUUGUGGGUGGUACGUUUGCUGGGCUCUGGUCGCUUCUCUGGUGGCCUUGGACGUUCUGGACAUUUGGCAUUGCUCUAGCCUGUCUUGGUGGCCUUUCAUACUUCAUCUUGCCAGCCGUUCCGCUCAAGGAAGAAGAUCAAGGUCUCACUUUCGCACAGAGGAUAGGCGAGCUCGACUUGCUCGGUGCGACUGUAGGAAUCACGGCCAUGAUCUUGUUCAACUUUGCCUGGAACCAGGCGCCUGGCUUUGGCUGGGAGCAGCCUUACAUCUACGUUCUACUCAUCGUGGGAAUCUUGCUUUUCCCUGUGUUCUUCUGGGUUGAGCUCAAGGUGUCGAAACACCCGCUGAUCCCAUUCGAUGCUCUGAGCACAGACGUAACGUUUGUGAUGAUCUGCGAGAUGUGUGGCUGGGCAGCCUUCGGCAUCUUCAUUUACUACUUUAUCCAAAUCCUCCAGCAGCUGCGAGGAACCUCGCCACUUCUCACGAUGGCCCAGCUAUGCCCAGUCACCAUCUCUGGCUUUAUCGCCGCGAUUACCACCGGCCACGUCAUCUCGCGCAUUGGCCCCGGCUGGGUGAUGCUCAUCUCUAUGUGCGCAUUCACGGUCGGUAGCAUCCUCGUUGCAACGAUGCCUCCUCACCAGGUCUACUGGGCGCAAUCCUUCGUCGUCACACUCAUCAUCCCGUGGGGCAUGGACAUGAGCUUCCCCGCUGGUACACUCAUCAUGAGUAAUGCUGUCGAAAAGCGACAUCAGGGCAUGGCAGCAAGCUUGGUUAAUACCGUAGUUAACUACAGCAUCAGCAUUGGAGUUGGUAUUGCAGGCACGGUCGAGACGCAUAUCAACCACGGUGGACUCACCGAAGAAGAUGAGCUUAGAGGGUACCGCGGAGCGAUGUAUCUGGGUAUCGGUUUGGGCACAAUGGGAGUCAUUACCAGCGUACUUUUCUUGCUGAAAUUGCGGGUGCGCGAGAAGCGCAUGACAAACCGGUCGUGAUAGGGCAUGACUUGUGGAUGUCACCAACGUCUAGACAGCAAGCAACACAUAUCUGAACCUCAGCC